AUGGCGAGCUGGUGGACGACUGCAGACAUGCUGGACAGUCUGGACCUCGAGGAAAAUUCAGUAAUAUCUCGGGUUAUUCGAGCAGUCGGGCUGUUUGGAGAUAUUCUGUCUUUGGAGGACACUAUUGAGCCGGUUCUGUGUGAAGUCAAAAGAGAGGACAACGCUGAAGGGACGGCUUCAGGUGACAAGAGAAGUGUUCAAGAAGCAGAAACAGUGGAGGAAGACAAAGAUGAGCAGGUGGGAAAGGAGGGAGGAAAUCAUCAAGACUGUAAACAUAACAAUGAGAGCAAAGAGGGAGAGGAAGAAGAACAGGAGCAAGAGGGUGAGGAGUUGCAACAAGGAGGAGAAGAAUCUCAGGAAGACGGCACCAGUGAUGGAAACACUGAAGAGGAAAGGACAAGAAAGGUAGAGGAGGAGAUGGAAGGAGAGAAUGAAGGAAAGGCAAACACAGAGGAGGAAGUGGGGGAGGGUGCACAGGAAGAAAGAACGAUUGAAAAAGAGGAAGAGAUAGAAGGAAGAGAGGAAGAGCCGGCGCUAGAAAAGGAUGUAGAAGAAGAGCAAGAAGAGGCAAAGACAGAAGAAGAAGAGGUAGAGGAAGAGGAUGAAGCAAAGACUGAAGAAAGAAGGCAGGCAGAUGAAGAUGUAGGCGGUUUAAAGGAGAGUGUGGAGGAGGUUAUGAACAAUCUUGGAUGGAGAGAGAAUGUAGAAGGAGAGUGGGAGAAAGUGACAGAAAGACAGGAUGAAAGAGAGGUGGAGAAUAAAGAACAAACAAACAAGGAAAUAGAACUUAUGAACGAAGGAACUGAGGAUGACGGAGAAGGGGAAGAAAAGGAGGAAGAAGAGGAAGAUAAAGAAAGAAAAGAACAAGACUUGGUGACAGUGGAAGAAGAGGUAGAAAAAAAGCAGGUAGCGGAGGAAGGAAAGAAGACCCAUGACGAAGAAGAGGUCAAAGAAAGAAAAGAACGUAGGGAGAUGAAAGAAGAAGAGAAGGAGAGCCAUCAUGAAGAAGAGGUUGAAGAAAGAGAAGAACAGAUGGAAGCAGAGGAAAAAAACAAAAAGGAGGAGGAGGUAGGACAGGAUGACAGAGUAGAAAAAAAAGAGGAGGGAGAAGAGGCAGGCGAAGACAGAAAAAAACAAGACAGGGAGAGAGCGAUAGAAGGACAAGAUAGUCACAUUGGAAGAGGAGAAAAGGAGGUAGAGAAAGAAGAACAAGAACAGCAGAUGGAUGUAAAAGAAGAAAAGAUGGAGGAAAGACAAGAAAAGGAGGUAGAGAAAGAACGACAACACGUUAAUGAAAAAGAAGAAAAUAUUGAGGAAAAAGAGGAAAAGGAGGUGGAGAUAGAACAAGAAGAACAGGUGGAUGGAAAAGAAGAAGGAAUAGAGGUAGACAAAGAAAGAAAAGAACGUGACGGGGAGAAAGCGAUAGAAAGACAAGAAAGUCACAUUGGAAGAGGUGAAAAGGAGGUAGAGAACGAAGAACAAGAACACCAGAUUGGAAAAGAAGAACAGAAGGAGGAGAGACAAGAAAAGGAGGUAGAGAAAAACGAACAACAACAACAACAUGUUAAUGGAAAACAAGAAAUGCUGAGUCAUGACUCUGCAGAAACAGGAAAUGAAGCUCUCCUCGCAGACGGAGAGAAACACUCCGGCGCUGCCAAAACCCCUAAUGGGGACAUUUAUCCCACAUCACCGAGUGAGGACAACGAGAUGGAGACAGACACAAAUCUACCGUCUGUCCAGGCUCCUCUGAGUCUGACAGAUCCCACAGAGGUGGGAACACGGAGUCUGGAGGAACACGAGCAAUUUGAAACAUCAUUUCCUGCUCCAGGUGAAACAGCAGAAGACAUUACACCUGAACUGCAGACAGAUCCACAGAAGAAAGCGUCGUUGAUGGACGCUGCCGCUCAGUCGUCCUUAGGGGCCGGACCAGGAAGUAAAGAGUCCGGUCCGACCCAAAACUCACCCAGCUCCGAAAACCCUGAAAUGAAAGUGAGGGAGGAUGAAGGAGACAAAGAGGAAGGAGGUCAAAACUCUGACAAGAUAAACGGCGAGGCGGACGCAGCGGACAACAAGAAGAAUGGAAGCCGUCAAUCGUCAAAGUACAAAACUGUGUCCUACAGGAAGAUCCGGAGAGGAAACACCAGGCAGAGGAUUGAUGAGUUUGAGUCCAUUAUAAACUCGUGAACAAACCCUAAAUAUUGACAGAGGAUUUGAUUCGAUCGGCUGAGUAGCUCUUUGGGAGUCUGUGCUUGCAGAUGGUAACAUAUAGAGAAAAGUAGUGGACCCAGGACGGAGCCCUGUGGUACGCCAUAUUAAAUGUCCCAAAAGUGAUUGCUAGGACUGAAGCUAGGCUAGGGUUGCCUGACAUCCUUACUCAUAUUUCCCAUUUUGUGCACAAAAAAAAAGCAGUAAAUAAAUAAAGUUUAUUAUUUAAGUGUAAAGCACAAAGGAUUUGAGGUCUCACUUCACAGUUAUGUAUGUUAUCAAAGUGUCCUCAGGAGUUUAACUCUGCUGAUGAACUCAGAUUUGUGUCGUGGUGUUGCCCCACUGAAAUUUAAAAGUGAUCAAUUUUAUACUUUAUUUAAAAUGUAAUGAUUAUUUUUUCACUGGUGGUAUUUUCAUUAAGAGAUACAUUGAACCAGACCCAUGUGAUUAUACAUAGUUUGUUAGGAGUCUGUAUAUGUAGAAAAAUCAUAACUGAGAUGAAUAAUAAUUUAAAUAACAAUACAAUCAUUAUAACUGAAUGUAAGUCCUAGAAAAUAGACACGGUGAUACUCUUAACAAUAUCGUUUUGUUGUUUUUGUUGACUGAUAUAUGUUCUAGGUAAUAUAACAGUCUGAUAAUCACCAUUGUAUUAUAUUGAUUAUUGAAUUUAAUUAUAUUAAACAAGCUUACGCUGCCUCAUACAGA